UUUUUAAUUAAAAAAAGGAAUAAAAAAAACAAGGUUUUAUGGUGCUCUUCCCUCCAUCAUCCAUGGCCUCUCGGCGAACUGAAAGAACAGAACUCUAAUCAGAUGGCAGACUCUAAUCCCACGUGCAACCCAUUAGAUAUUUCACCAUCCACCAAUCAUAAACCUGUACCCACACUCACUAUUCAUACUUUGGCCUACACGCGCUUAAGUAGCGCGUGGAUGUUCACUGUUCCUUAUUAGGACCGAGAAGGCCAAAAGAGGGGCCAAUGGAGAGGGCAAAGCCACACUGCUCACCGUUCACUUCUUUGGCACGCCGGUGUCGGAAUUUAAGAACGACCCGCCUGUCUCUCUAGACAAUUGUUUCUGUCGUCUCUGGUCUCUUCAUCAAAACUCGAUUUUCUGUCUCCUGGAUUUCGAUUUUCUGUUAUCUCUAACAAGUUUUUGAUGUGUAAGUUGAUGACCUUUUGUGAGAUGAUAUUGUGAACCAUUGAGAAGGGUGCUGUCAGAAGGUAUUACUUGGUGGUAUUUAACAAUAGGAAGUUAUUAUCAGUUUCAUAAAUAAUGGAUGCCUUAUGCUUAUUUAAGGACAAAUAAUGGAGGCACGCCCUACUUUGUCUAUUCAGAGAUCAGUUGCAAGACAGCUUAAUAACCUUGUGGUUCCUGGGGCAUUGUCUUCAUCCUUGCCUGUCUCUUCACUAGAAGAGGCUUAUCCCAAGUUGUCGGACUCGCAACAGGUUUCCAUGGAAGGUGGACUUAAGACAAAGCCUCUUGUCCAUUCAAGUCAAUUACCCUCUAACAGUGGAGCAGUUGGUCAUCUAUUUUCAUCAUCUGCAGGCUUCUCAUCUGACCUUCAGUACUCUUCUGUUUCACCCCAAGAGAAACAUUCUAGGAAUAGUCCUUUCAUUUCUCAAUCAUCAAAAAAUAUUACAGCUUUGACAAUGCCACAAUCUUUGCAUUCGGGAUUGCUUCGAUCUACCUCAACAAGUCAUUAUGUCCAAGAAGCCAGUGGUUCCUGGUGUUCAGAAUCACUGCCAGGCUUUCUUGAUUUUCCUGUAAACACCCCUGUUGAAAAUAAUCAAAUGGAAAGCAACAGUUGUAGUGGCGUCAUUGCAUCUGAGGAAUUUAGUAAACGAAAUGAUUGGCAGGAAUGGGCAGACCAGCUAAUCACUGUUGAUGACGCUUUGACACCUAAUUGGAAUGAGCUUCUGGUUGAUACCAAUAUUGCAGAAAUUGACCCAAAGGUAUCAAAACCAUCUUCAAAUAUUUCAUCACACCAGGCCCAAGUGUGUCAACAGCUUCCUGCCCCAUCUGCAGAAAUUCGUCCUGUUCUUACUCCUACUUCCUCAGCAAAUAGUGCUCCAUCUAAGCCACGCAUGCGUUGGACACCAGAACUUCAUGACGCCUUUGUGGAGGCCGUCAACCAGCUUGGUGGUAGUGAAAGAGCUACUCCAAAAGGUGUGCUUAAGCUCAUGAAAGUGGACAGUUUGACAAUCUAUCAUGUCAAAAGCCACUUACAGAAAUACAGGACAGCUAGAUAUAGACCAGACUCAUCAGAAGGAUCCUCAGAGAAAAAAUUGACUCCUUUGGAAGAAAUAUCCUCUCUUGACUUGAAAACGGGUAUUGAAAUUACUGAAGCUCUAAGAUUACAGAUGGAAGUUCAGAAGCGGCUGCAUGAACAGCUUGAGAUUCAACGAAAUUUACAGUUACGAAUAGAAGAACAAGGGAGGUACCUCCAAAUGAUGUUUGAGAAGCAAUGCAAGUCAGGCACUGACAAGUUGAAGGCAUCACCAUCCACUUUGGAAAACCCCUCUGCUCUAUCUUCAGAUACAAUCUGUGACUCCCCUACCAAAAAUGAAAUGGGAGCCUCCCAGUUGGACCACGGCAAGACAAACACUGAGACGGUUAUUGACAAGUCUACUUUGGAAGAAAGAUCACGGGAUCCAAGUGGGAAGCAAAAGGCUCCUCAAAUUGAAGCUUCUGAGAAUCCUGAGCCAGAUAAUGGCAAGUCAAUUUCACAAUCUGCCAAACGUCCAAGAAUAGAUGCUUAAGCCAUCAGCAUUUGCACUGACAAGGUGACACUGAUUUGGGCAUAAUUUAUAAUCGUCGGUCGGAAAAAACACAGAUGACAUAUAAAUAGAGGUCCAGAACUUUGAGAUCCCUCCGGCUUCUGUCUUUAUGAUGUCCUAGCUUGGAAUUUGCUAUGCACUCUAUUUACUAGAUAAAAACCGGGUAUCAGAUGUAUAAGAAAAAGUUUUGAUCAUAAUAGUUUUCAGCCUCCUGAUUUGUACUUCUAGAUCAAGUUAGACCAAAGGAGAGUAUAAAAUUGAUGUGCUGAGCUCAUUGAUUAUCCUAUGAACGAGUUGGUCUUUCUCCAAUGUCUGCAAAUGUUAAGCUAUGUGCAAUAUUGCUUCAUCAGGAAUCGAGAUUAGUUCGUUCCAGCUAAAUUUAUUGAAAUCACAUUUUGUCUCCAGUUGACAUUUUGUUUUGGUAGAGAUGUUGCAGAAGCACAGAUUGAGAAGGAAAAAUCGCGGGUUUGGAUAUGCAGCCAUAAUAAGCUUUUGAUGGCUCAGUGAAUGUGUUGAAACAUAAUUCUGGUUAGCGAUAUAAAUUAUUUGUGUAAACAAUUCUAAUAUAAGUCUGUAUUUGUUACUUCUGGCAUUGGAAAAGCAUUACACUUCGGAAACUUAGGCUGUCAGGUUAUGUACUGAUCUUUCUUUAUAUAUGGCAUUCAAACAAUAUAGAGGCCUGAGAAUUAUGCUC